UUAAACCUUCUCCCUUUGAAAACCCCAGCAGGGAAUAUUCAGAGAUGACUCUUUAUUGUAGACCAUAGCACCCUCAUGUGGUUAAACGAACGUUACUCACUUUCUGUAGCUUUCUCUGCCGCAGCAUCAUCUGACCUUCCUCCACCCUAUCUUCUCCUGCAGUACUCUCUCCCAGUGCUGCCAUGCUGUCGUGGCGCUGCUCUACCCCUUUGUGUGGCAGCACACUUACAUCCCUGUGCUGCCGUCGGCCAUGCUGGACAUUGUGUGCACCCCCACCCCGUUCCUGGUGGGCCUGCUGUCCAGCUCCCUGCCCCAGCUCACUGAGCUGCCCCUGGAGGAGGUUCUGGUUGUGGAUCUUGAAAACAGUCGAUUCCUCAGACAGUUGGACGAUGAAGACUCCAUUCUGCCAUCUAAGCUCCAAUCAGCCCUGGAGAAUGUUCUGGAGAGGAGACGAGAGCUUGCUAAUGAGAGAGGAGGAGACACACCUGGUGAUUCGGGCCAUCUUAGCACCGUCGUGUCCGAGGCCUUCGUUCGUUUCUUCGUGGAGCUGGUAGGCCACUAUCCACUCUUCAUCACCGGUGAACGGGAGGACGGCUACUCCUCCUCCUCUUCCUCCUCACCGGUCCCCUGCUACUUCCAACGCGAGAGUUUCCGUAAAGCGAUCCCGUCUAAGACAGUGCGCCGGUUCCUGGAGGUCUUCAUGGAGACCCAGAUGUUUGGCUGGUUCAUCCAGGAACGAGAGCUCCACAGGCAGGCUCUGAGAGGAUUAUUUGAAGUGAGGGUGCAGGAGUAUCUGGACUCUAUCCACGAGAAUGAACAUCGGAGGGUCAACAGGUUUCUCAAAGGCUUGGGGAAUAAAAUGAAAUUUCUUUCCAAGAAAUAAUGUAUCUACAAUGCUACACAAACUAAAAAGAAGAUGCACCGAAACACGGAGAUACUUCACGGACUGCAGAAAAAAGAUAAAGGAAAUUAUCAUUUGAGUUCUUUUUCAGAGAUGCUUGUUGACACCGUUCUCAUCUGAGUCAAUGUUUGAGGGUGUUGCUCAAGGACUUUUGAUACACAUAGGGGAGAAAUCCUGCUGUAUUUCACAGAAAUAAAACCCCCAAAACAAAUGUUCCUGGUUUCCAUUAGCACAGAUAACACAAUGUAUAAAGAAAUAGGCCCUGAAAGAAAUAUUAUGGAAUGUGAAUGCUUCUAUAGGGCAUAAGGGGUCAAUGAAUGGCUUGAAAGGUACAUAAAUGAAGUGUGUGGUACUGUAUAUACUUUACCUCAAAGCUUUCAGACAUAGUAUUUCUAUAAAUCCACUGGGGGGCAGUAGUAUAUUCUCUGUGGUUAUAUGUCUUGACACAGGCCUGCUUUCCCACUCUUUAAUGCUGCAGCUUUACUUCAGCCAUAUCAGUGGUGAAA